AUGCCCCCCGUUCUCGCGCGCAAACGGCUACAUUCUGAAUCACCCACAUCAGAACCGCCACCAAAACGCGCCCGCGCCCGCAACCCACCCGCUCGCCGUGGCAAAGAAUCCGUUUUCGAGACAUUGGACGCGCCUCCAAAAGUCAAGCGUACACUUUCGCAAACAAAGGCUUUUCUGCGACAGCAAGAUGACGAUAGCGAGCUCUCAGAGUCGGAAAGCAGUGAGGAUGAAUUUGAGGAUGUGCCGUUGAAGGGUGCAGACAAGGGCAAGAGCAAAGGGAAGGCGCAAGAAGACGAAGACGACGAGAGUGAAGACGAUGAGUGGGAGGAUGCGUUGGGAACUCGCCAUCAUACAAAACUCGCGAUGCCAGUCAUCUCUGGCGACAUCUCGCUUACGAUCUCCGCCGCGCCUCAGACCGCGUUUGAUUCGAGAGCCAACGGGAAGACGGGGCCUUCGAAGAGAGAGCGCCAGAUACGGAAUGCUACACAUUGUAUGCAUAUGCAGUUUUUGAUGUUCCACAAUCUGAUACGGAAUGGGUGGAUACAGGAUAAGGAAGUCCAGAAGAUUCUGGUCGAGAGUCUAUCGUUAGGUUGCUGGCGCGAGCUUGAACAGUACUGGCGGGAUGCAGGUAUCUCGGAUGGACUUAGUCAUGUUGUUGAGGUAGAUAAGAAGGUGCUGAAAGCAUUGGAAAAAGAGAAGAAAGACAGGAAAGGGACCUGGAAGAACAGCGGCAAGAACGGCGUCAAAGUCUACGACAGCCCCCAGGCCAAGCCCGUUCCGAACCGUGGAGAGAAGAGCAGUACACUGAAGGGUAAAAGCAAGGAUGCACUCAAGAUUGAGAGAGACCAGCGUGAUUGGGGCGCAGCAACUGAACGAGUUGAGCCCAGCGCACCCAACAUGUCCCACGGCGACCCACUACUACGCCUGUUGAAGUAUCUAUCGGCAUUCUGGAAGGCGAAGUUCAAGAUCACCGCACCUAGUUUGCGUAAGCGUGGAUAUCUGGCUCCUGCGGCCCUGGGAGCGGAAGUCAGAGCAUGGGGAGAAGACCCUUCACAUCCAGAUACAUUCGGCGAACGAGUUGAGAAUCUCAACGCAUUCCGCGAUAUGGCACGCAAGUGUCAAGGUAGUAGGGAUAUUGGUCAACAGCUCUUCACGGCCCUCAUUCGCGGGUUAGGUAUUGAGGCUCGAAUGGUUGCCAGUCUGCAACCCGUGGGCUUUGGCUUCAGCCAAAGCGAAGAAGGCAAGCCAAAGAACCUUGAGAAGUUGAAGGAUUUGGUGACAGCUACCUCUGCCAACGCCUCGGCAGCUUCUACUCCAGCAAACGGAAAAGCGAAGCAGCGCCUCGCGCCGCGAAAGAGGAGUGACUCAGUGGAUUCUACGGCUUCUAAGAGCAGUGAUCUCAGCAGUGUAAUAUCCAUUUCGUCGGGCUCAGAGGGGGAGCGACCUGCGAAGAAGUCUCCAAAGACGCGCAACUACAGUGAAGAACUUCCUUAUCCAACAUAUUGGACGGAAGCUAUAUCGCAUCUCACUCACACUCCUGUCUCUGCCUCUCCACUCGCCCGCACAAUCAUUGCGAGUGCUGCCUCGCCCGACAAACUCGGUGAAUUCUAUCCGCGCGGUGUAGCAGCCGACAAAGCCAAGCAAGUCUUCGCCUACCUUAUCGCUUUCUCUUCAGAUGGCACAGCAAAGGACGUGACAACGCGCUAUCUACCGAAACAUCAAUGGCCUGGUAGAACCAAAGGACUUCGCAUGCCCGUAGAGAAGAUACCCAUUCACAACAAGCGAGGGAAAGUCAAGCGAUGGGAGGAAUGGGAUUGGCUCAAGUCACUCAUGCAACCUUAUGCGCGACCCCACAAGAAGCGACAGCCCUGGGACGAGGUCGAAGACGAAGGUGACCUUGUUCCGGCAAAGCCAGAGAAGAAGAAGACCAUGGACGAUGAAGGCGGAAAGGAGACUCUUCAGGGCUACAAGAACUCCACUGAGUACGUUCUAGAACGCCAUUUGCGGCGUGAAGAAGCGCUCAUACCCGGUGCGAAGAUCAUCCGGCAUUUCGUCACAGGCAAAGGCGACAAUGAGAAAUCAGAGCCAGUGUACCGCCGGAAGGAUAUCGUAAACUGCAAGACUGUCGAGUCGUGGCACAAGGAAGGCAGAGAGGUCAAAGAAACCGAGCAACCGCUCAAAUUCGUACCUAUGCGCGCCGUCACUGUCACGCGAAAACGCGAGAUCGAAGAGCGUGAGCGUGUAGAAGGUGGAAAGAUACAACAAGGGUUGUACUCUAUUGCGCAGACCGAUUGGAUCAUACCGGAUCCAAUCGUUGAUGGUCAUAUCCCUCGCAAUGCGUUUGGAAACAUUGACGUCUAUGUGUCUACUAUGAUACCAAAGGGUGCUGUUCAUGUCCCUCUGAAGGGCACGGCACGUAUUUGCAGGAAGCUGAACAUCGACCACGCGGAAGCAUGUACAGGUUUUGAGUUCGGCAAGCAACGCGCUGUUCCCGUUCUUACUGGCGUUGUCGUUGCGGAAGAGCAUGAAGAUCUUCUUAUCGAUGCCUGGGAAGUUGAAGAGGCCGAGAAAGCGAGAAAAGAAGCCGAAAAGAGGGAGAAGCUUGUUCUGGGCUUGUGGAAGAAGUUCUUCACUGGUUUGCGUAUCGUCGAGCGCAUGAAAGCAGAGUAUGGUGACGAUGUGGAGCUUCCUAAGCCGAAAGUUGAGGCAGCCCCGACUGGCAAGUCAGAGGGGACAAAGUCGGAGUGGGAUGUAUUUCAGGAUCACACUGACUUUGCUGGCGGGUUUCUACGUGACGAUGACGGAGCCGCAGAUGGUGGAUUCGUCAAAGACGAACACAGUCAACCAGAUAUGGCUGGUGGCUUUUUCGCAGCCAGCCAGGAAGAGCCCGUCCACGGCGAUCUCACAAUCGACCACGGCGAGCAGGCAGAGCAAGCACGUACAUCCAUCGUAGACAACGCCUUCCGAACCCCCAUAUCACUUACAUCCGCACUUCAGCAACCCGCCAACCAAGACGACGACGAGCAGGACGAAGACAUAGACAUGCACCUCGACUCCGACCCCGACAUCUCAGAGGAAGAAACACCCAAACCCGCCCCUCGACGCAAACCCCCAACAUCGCAGUCCACACGCGGCCGCGCCAAACCAGCGGCCACUACACGCAAACGCAAAUCUAUCGUUGCGGACUCCUCAGACGAAGAUAUGCUCUCAGAUGCUCCUGUGAGUCCGCCGCUGUCAACGCGGGCUGCGCCAAAGCGCAAAGCUGCGCGCAAGAGCGAUGCGCAGGUCAAGAGCCACUUCUUCGCUCAUGAUAGCGAUGGGGAGACGGAUUUGACGGAUAUGACGGAUAGGAAUUCACCAAAGAAGGGCGCUGGGGCGAGAGGGAGGGGGAAACUAGAUUACAACACAUCCCCUCAUUUCAGCCUGCUCACAAGAAACACCUCCUUGACAUCUCACUCAUCUCUGUUAUUGAGGAUCUUUCUCACUCCUUGUUUCGACUCUGUAUCUCGUCAUUGGUUCACUUGGAUGGCUUCAUCUUCGUUUCGGUAUCCACGUCGAUCAAACGGACCAUGUAGUCCUCCGGAUCAGUCCAGCCUUGCGUCUCCUCUGUGCACACCUAUGUCACCAUGGACCAACCCUUAUCUGCCAAAUCUGUCGCGUACGGCUACGCCCGAUACCACAACAUCGGAUCCGAAAGAUCUUAGCUUUCCAUUUAGAAUUCACAACAAAUUCGAGAUUAAUGACAAGCAUGAUGAAGAUCUCGUAUUACUUCCAAGACGUCGUGAGGAUGCGGAGUCGAUUCAAAGACCAACCCAAAUGAGAACCUCUGUCGCGUUGCAAGGUGACGCAUUUAAGUUCUGGUCCAAGUUCAAAGACCUAUCAACAACAGAGGAUUCUGAUACGCAGUCCGAUCCCUCAAAUCCAUACGAGCUUCUUGAGCAAACUCAUGGGAUCUCCGAGAAGAAUGUUCCGCUUUCAGAAACCUAUGACGGAGACUUCAUGUCGACACGGUCGGUAUUUUCUAUGACCACUUUUUACACAGCACUAGCAGGCCUUGACAGGGACAACCUAACCACAAACCAUCUAGGACUACGACCUGACAAUGCCUAUGCGCAACUUCUUGAGAAGAAGAACUUGUGGCCAGUGGACCCUCAGAUAGAGCAAGAUUGGUCAGGACGAGGGCAACAUGCGGAAUUUCAGAAAGAUGAGCGAAAGUCGAUCACCGACUUGCUUGAGGUUCACGAUACCUUGGGGAGCACACGCAUUGCAGUCGUUCAAAGUGUCAAAUGCCGGCGGAUCCUCCUUGCGCGCAAAACUAUCCAAUGCGGCAGACAUUUCACCAAGGAGCAGGCUAUCGGAGAGGUUGCUCAUCUGACCCGGCUCGAUCAUGCACACAUAGUGCGUGUCGUCGGAACAUAUGUUGUAGGCAGGGAACUGUCUAUCCUUAUGUACCCUGUUGCGGAACAAAACCUCGAAACGUUUCUGGACGCCAUAUAUGACGACGAUGUAUCCUACGAAUACGCUGAGAUGAAAACCUCAUGUCGACGGUUCUUUGGCUGUCUUAGUAGCGCAAUACACUACAUUCACAGCAACGGGGUAAAACAUAUGGAUAUCAAGCCCACCAAUAUACUCGUCCGCAAGACGUACCCAUGUCACAAAGUCUACAUCGCAGAUUUUGGAAUAGCACGAGCGUACCAUAGCCCUAGCGACGCAGAGACAGACAGUCCGACAUCUUUCACAAGGAAGUACGCUUCGCCUGAAGUCAUUAGCUAUCAGGAGCUCGGCCUGUCCCGAGGGUUCCCGGCCGACAUAUUUUCAUUAGGCUGUGUAUUCGUUGAACUUGUGGCGGCGUACGAUUGGCGUGAUGACGGACAAAAACGGCUUCAGGAGUUGUUGAAGAAGAACCAAAAAGACGGGACCAUCUCUUACUCGGCCAACCUCGAUGCUGUGUCCCAGUAUUUGCAAAGCUGUUACGACCAGUACUUAACAGGCUUCCUCGUUUCGAAUGUGGCCUUCCUCACAAUAUGUGACAUGAUUAGCGAAGAUCCCAAACAUCGCCCAACAUCUGAGAAAUUGGUGGGUAUCUUCCGACAACAAGACUGCUGUGAAUUAGGUCGCGAACCACUCAUGGCCAUGUCUAUUGACUGGUCAACACGGUCUCCAUUAAUGACUGGGAGAAUGGUGCUGUUUGCUCCAGGAUCAGAUGAGAGGGGAAAUGCGUUGCGAGUACCCUUCCAUGCGGCAUGUAUGGUGAUGGUGUGCAAGGUGGAGAAACGCGAAGCUAGAGGAACCGGUUGA